AUGGGCUUGCCGAGAUUUACACGUCCCAAGGGAGGGGAUGGCGAGUCAAGUCCCAACCUCUGUGUGGCUAACUGUGGGCCUGCAGUUGGACUUUCAUUUGAGACUAUCAUAUCCGUGUUUGGUACCUUUGGCGAAGUUAAGGGAGUUUAUGCUGCAGAUGAGAGUGACACCCGUGUUAUUGUUAAGGACAACGAUACUAAUGCAGUAUCAACAUCAGCUUCAGAUUUAAACAUUCCUGGUGUUUACUUAGUUCAUGACUUUGUCACUGCUAAAGAAGAGGAGGUCAAUGAUUAUCCACCUGGGAUUGGUUUGUCUCCACAUAUAGACACCCAUUCAGCAUUUGAGGGAUCAAUUUUCAGCCUUUCAUUGGCAAGCCCUUGCAUCAUGGAAUUCAGACUUUUUAUUAGGAAUUUCUUCAGUGUUCGGAAGUUUGCCACAGAUCAUAUAUUUAAGCCUAAUUUUAUCCUUUGCAGUGGAAAAGUGGACAAAGUGAAGGACAGUGAAAUCCAGAGGGGCCCAAGGAGAGUGUCCCUUACAUUAAGGAAGGUCAGGAAAGGUCCUUGCCAAUGUGAAUUUCCUCAGUAUUGUGAUUCUCAAAAUUAG